AUGCCCAAAUCAAAGAGACUAUCAUUCACAAAUUCAUCUUUUAAAUUAUGUUAUCUUAACUCUCCGUCUCUUAUUACAAUUCGAUCUCUAGCUACAUCAGCAUCGUUGCCACCGCGACGUCCGCAAUCCUCUUCAAAAAAUUCCGCUCCAUCUCGUGGCAUUCCGUUGUAUCGAAACAAAUCAAUGCUUAUGUAUACAACAUCGGUACUGAUUUUACUUGUCGGUCUAACUUAUGCCAGUGUCCCCCUCUACCGAAUGUUCUGUUCAUCCACGGGAUUUAUUGGAACACCAAUCACUGAUGCUUCUCGAUUUACAGCGGAUAAGCUUAUUCCGGAUUCGUCCUCCUCGCGUAUAAAAGUCACAUUUACUGCAAAUACAUCGCAAGCACUCCAAUGGAAAUUUGUUCCAGAACAGCGUGAAGUACAUGUACUUCCCGGAGAAACUGCCUUGGCAUUCUAUAAAGCGAAGAAUACGUCACAAGAAGAUAUUAUUGGAAUAGCUACAUAUAAUGUAACACCUGACAGAGCAGGACAAUAUUUCAACAAAAUACAAUGCUUUUGCUUUGAAGAGCAGAAGUUGAAAGCUGGCGAGGAAGUUGAUAUGCCCGUGUUUUUCUUUUUAGACCCUGAGAUUGCAAAGGAUCCAUUUACAAAAAAUAUCAGGACAGUUACUUUAUCUUAUACGUUCUUCAAGGCACGAUAUAACAGUAAAGGGUCUCUUGUGCCGAUUCCCGUAAAAUAA